GAUCCUGCUGUCAGGGGGGCCGUUUCAGCCACUGGGCAACCCUACAGAUCCGAGGCCUCCAAAAUGCCUUGCCGUCAACAGCCCUGCUCAGCGCAUGCAAACUCAUAACCUGUGGCUUCCUUCACUGAGUUGUUCUAUCUCAUGCCCCCGCUUCCUCUUUUCCUGCUGCCUUUAAGUCCUCCUCGCUCCCCCCAAAAAACCUUCUUCUUUUCCAUAGAGUCUGCUCUUCUCACGAGGUUCCCAAAGAGGGACACCCUCCGAUCCAUCGGCCACAAGCACGUUUCUGCCUAUUUUCAGAGAAGUCAUUCUGCCAGUCGUGGUGGGAAGCGAUUUGCAAAAAUAAGACCUCGACGUGGCUGUUUCCGGCCUGCAGGCCGUAGGUUGCCCACCCCGGUUGUGAACAGCAGGUCGCCUCCAAGGCCGGUCUCAUAAUUCCUCCGUGGCACAGGCCUGUGGCCAGGUUUCUCCAGGCACAGAACAGGCAACUGGAAGGAUGAUAAGCGCACCGGUGAGGCUAUGGGAUGGCCUGAGGGAUCUGUCCCCGUUUUGAGGCUCCAAUGUGGUAACCACCCCAUUGCUGCAGAAGGUCGCCCUUCCUUUCUCUCAUAAAGAGGAACUGGAGGCAGGAAGGGAGGCCAGAGACGGUUUCUCAAUGUGCUUCCGACGGGUGGCUCUGGAUCCGACAGCAGGCGCCCAAUAAAGGCAGACCCCAUGCGGUGGUGGUGGUGGCAGCUCUGGAUCGUGGCCCUCUUUCCCCUGCCAGCCCUACAAGCCGAGGAAGCCAGCGAUCCCUCCAAAGGUGGCCCUAAAAGACAUCUCAACCAGACGGGAGAUGGGGCCCUUCCCACGACGACAGCAUCGUGGGGGAAUCGGGCCAGCAGGACGUGGCCAACCCGAAAGACAGGCGAUGGGUGGGCGACGGAAACCACGUGGCUUUAUGCCCCCGAGGAGAGCAGCAGCCCCAGCACGGAAAAUAUAACCAGAAGGCUGCUCCGACCGACCAUCGCCGUUUCCUCGGUGAAUGGGACCUGCAACAUUACCUUGCACUGCGCCGUGACAGGUGGAGGAGGAGGCGGCGACGUGAACUUCACCUGGUUCCGCGGGGAGCGGGCCGAGGCGGUCCUCUCCUCGGAGGCCACCCUGCGGAUCACCCAGAGGCCUCCGGACGGGUCGCUGGAUUACACCUGCGCCGUCCGGACCAAGGAGAGCCAGAGCGCCAGCACAAUUUCUCUGGCGGAUCGCUGCCACGAGACUCCAGGCUUCUCGGCUGGCAGUUACGUGAAAUACUUAAUCCCGCUCGUGGUCGCGCUUGUCAUUUUGCUCAUCCUGUUCGGCAUGUACCGACGGAAAAAAGGACAAAUAGGGCGCCACAGUGGGACCGUUUCCAUCAAUGAACCCUCAGGCUUUCACGCCAGUCCCCGAAGAGACCCUACAAAUCACGAAAGCCUUAACCAGCUGCAGAGACAUGGAAAUCCUAGAGGCGCCGGAUCAACCCCCGAGCCAGGAAUAAAUCUCGCUUCCCGGAUCAGGUCCUCUCGGGUUUCUGGAUCACGAAGAGAUCUCCGUUGCCGGAUGGGUGCGAGUUCUGAUCCAACACCUCCAAAAAUGUGGUUAGGGGGAAAAAAGUGCACCCACAUCUUAGGGGGAAAACCCUCAUGUCUCCAAUCCAUUCCAAGCUCCGAAAGGUGCCACAAAAAUCGACCCUUCCCUAAACCACGUUUUCUUCAUGUGGUGCAGCAGAACACUUUAAAAAUGGAUCUUCAAGCAAAACAGGCUAUAGCUGUAGCAGGGAGGGCAAAUGGGGUGAAUCAAAUAAAACCAAUUAUUUAAAAAUAAUAUAAA